UUAAAGGAAUUAGUCGCACCGUAGGAAUGUCUUGACAGCAGUGCACAAGCUAGUAGUAGCGUUAAAUUGGCUAAAUAGCUGUUAACUCCCUACAAGUGUUGUCAGAGGCGUAGAUACAGCUUUACGAAGAGGAGGGAGAAGUAUUACGCCAUCAACCGGAGCUUCCUGAACUUGAAGUCAAGCUAGAUAACCUGGUUAAACCCCCAGCCGCAGAGGACGCCGAAGGUGGAAAAACACACCGGGAAAGGGUUAACCAACUGCUCGACGUUGUACCUCCACAUUAACAAGACAAUUCGGAGUAACUUUUGGUGAAGCUUUACCGGACUUGUCGCGAUGUCUCUGGCCGACCAGAGCCAGCAGUGGUUCCCAACCAGCGUACAGGUAACGGUGCAUCAAGCUCGGAGCCUGCGAGUCAAGGGCAAAAAUGGCACCAACGACGCCUAUGCCAUCAUCCAGGUGUCCAAAGACAAGUUUUCUACCUCCGUGGCAGAGAAAUGUGUGGCUCCAGUGUGGAAAGAGGAGGCUUCGUUUGACCUGCCGCUCUUCCACCCAGGCAACACUGAGCGCUGCACCCUGUACAUCGUAGUGAUGCAUCGAGCCCAAGUGGGACUCGACAAAUUCUUGGGGCAAGCUGUGAUAAACUUACUGGAUCAACACGACAACAAGUCUCGCAAAAAGACAGAUUGGUUCAAGCUGGUGGACAAGUCUGGGAAGGAGGACAAGGCACGAGGGGAGGUGCUAGUUGAUCUCCAGUUCAUGCGAAACAACAUGUCAGCUAGCAUGUUUGACCUUUCUAUGCAGGACAAACCGCGCUCCCGCAUCUCCAAGAUAAAAGACAAAGUCCGCGGGAAGAAAAAGGAUGGCUUCUCCGACUCUGCCUCGGCCAUUGUCCCGUCUGUGAGCCAAGUCCUGACAGACAGCGAGGGGGAGGCCGAUUCAGUCUCACUUCAUCAGACUCCAGGAGGGAAAAAGAAAUCUAAACUCAAAACCCUCUUUGCUCCCAAAUCAAACUUGCAGAAGAACAUGUCACAGUCCAUGUCUACACUGGGGACGCUUCCCGAGAAGAACUCAUCUCUCAGUAGCAGCCGCUCAUCUGGCCUCAAUGUAGAGACCCCUGAAGUGAAGAAGAAAUUCAAAUUCUUGGGCCACAAGCGGACAGGCAGCUCUGACAGCAAGAUCUCUCAGGGUCCUUUCUCCUUACUGGGCCGCUCCAAGCAGAGCAACAGUGACCUAAACAAUCUGUGCAUCAAUGGCAGCCAUGUGUAUGAGGACACAGAGCCCAAAAGUGGAUCUACUCUCAGUCUUAACAGCUCAGGCCAAGGAUCUGUGGAGGAUGUCCGGAAACACACCUCUGAUGUCUCUGCAGAUUCUUUCAAAAGCAUACCUGUGCCUUCCCACAGCCGUCAGCCUUCAGAUAGGGAUAUACUGGAGCAACAGCGCCAUCAAGAGGAGGAGGAGGAGAGAAGGCAGGCACAAGAAAGGCGCAUAGCAGAGGCCAAGAGGCAGGAGGAAGAGGAGAAAUCAAGGGCGGAGGCCAGGAGACGGCAAGAGGAAGAGGAGAAAUCCAGGGCAGAGGCCAGGAGACGGCAGGAGGAAGAGGAGAAAUCCAGGGCAGAGGCCAGGAGACAGCAGGAGGAAGAAGAACGCAUGUACAAAGAGGAACAGGAGAGGAAGAGACACUCCCUCGAGGAUGAAGCAAGAAGGAAGAAACAGAGGGACGAGGAGGAAUAUAGGAAGAAGCAAGAGGAAGAACACCAGAUGCUGGAAGCAGCUGAGAAUGAGAGGUUUGAAGAGGAGCAUCGCAGACUAGAGGAGCAGAAACGACAGGAGGAGGCUUCCAUGAGCGACAGGCUGACAUCUCUGUUUGGAAUGAUCCGAAAGAAGGAGGAGAAAAAAGAGGAGGCACAGCAAAUAACCAAAGAGGAAGUACCCACAGUAGCCCCUCACAGUGACUCGAGAGAUCCUGAUCAUCCAAUCACCCACCACUCCACCAACCCAUUUGAGGAUGUUGUCCUCAGCUCAGAUACUAGAGUCAGCAGUAACGAAAGCCCAGCUGGUCUUCAGAAACCCAACCGCAACCCACAAACUCCCUCUGCCAUGGUCUUCCACAACCGCACUGCAAAGGUGUCUGCAGUCAAACCCAGAUGGGCUCAAUCACUGACGUCUGAACCCACUGACUCCUUAUGCCCCAGUCAAGAGUGUCUCUCCCCAACCACCCAUGAAUCCACCCUCUCUAGUGUCCCAUCUGAGUCGCCUGAUACUUUCUCCAACCUUCACUCAUCUCUGGCUCCAGCAAACAUUAGUCAAAGUCCAUCUGGAUCCCCUCCUUGCAGCAUAGACAAUCCAUCAUCUGUGGGAUCUUCACCCACCAUGGCUGAUAAGAAGAGAAGAGCCCCCCAGCCACCCUUGCAUCCUGUACAUGAGACCCAGCCUGGAGGAAACCAUGUCCCUGUCAGAGAGAUCAGUAACCCUGGAUAUGUUGAGGCAGAUGGGUCGCAGCAAGACAAAAAAUACUCCCUACCACUCCCUGAUUAUGAAACGCUCUUCCCCCAGAAGAGACAUGGAGUACAGGGGCAGACUCGAUGGGACCAUAUAAUUGCUGAGGUCAAUCAGAGACAACGGGAGGCUCCACCUGAAUUACUAGGUCCAGAGAUGAGUGUGGAUGGCCCAGAGGAGCAUGAACCCAGUCAUAGGACUUCACCUCCUCAAGAGAAGCAUUAUCAAACACAACUUCUGGAAGCAAAACCUGCGUCAUCAAAAAAAGUAGCAGCCCCAGCUCCCCCUAAACCAGCGGCAUCUCUGCAACCUAGAUCAGUGGCAGACUCUGGUCAAAUACAAAGCCAGAACAUGGCACAGACUCACCAGUCUCUUAUGAGGCCCAAUCCCUCUGCAGCCAUGAGACCUCAAAACACUGACACAUCAAGUGGAAGAAGUCUCCCAGGGGUGUCCAGGGAUGGAGCAAGAAAGGAGCUGCAACCACCGCCUAUAGCAACAAAUGCUCCCAGACCAACCAGCCAAAUGGACCAGGAUACAGCACCAACAGAUGACCAAAGGAAAGUGCCAGUCACCAUGAACAAAGAUGCUCCCAUAGCCAAACCCAGGCAAAGGGUCAGUGGCAAAGAGCCAGCAGAGCAAGACUCUGUUGUCACACCAGUAUUGUCUUACAAAAAUAUGAACAGUAACAACCAAACAUCAUCCAGGUCAAGUAUGAGCAACACAAACAAAACAGGCGUGAAGGCAGAGGAGAACUUUGUUGAGUUUGACCCAUUCCCAAACACUGAGCUUCUCUCCGAGGACCCGUGGGCACAACUGAGCCAGAACCAAGAAGCAGAUAAACUCUUCACUGGCGGUGUACAGAAAGAGCAGAAACCAGAAGAUCGCGGAUUGACACCAGGUGAUCUUGAUCAAAUCUUUAGUCAAGUUAAACCGACAGAUCCUUUCACAAGUUUUAAUGGCAGCAAUUCAAACAAACAAAACGAGUACAGGAACAAAGAGGACGAUUCAAAGCAAUUCAGUCCUGCUUUCCAAAGAAAAAAUUCACAAAAGCGAAAACAGAUGCUUCCUUCAAUAACUCACUUAGAGAAAGGCUCCAAAUCCCGAGAAGAACCCGCAUAUCAAGAAGAAACGGCUGAUAAAGGCCUCCCCGCAAGAGAUGUUGCAAAUGAGUUCAUCUCUCCAAAGCAUCAAUCGGAUGUGAAAACACAAAGCAGCUUUCAUGGCAGAGAGGAUCCUUUCGGAGCUGAAGCUUUUAGUGUACCGUCUGCUUUGACUUCCUCAGAGACGCUCCAGGUAGUUAUGGAGGAACCAGCAUCACAGGCAGGAGUGUUGUCUGGGGGAAAGACUCUUUUGCGAGCAUGGGUUUCACCCUCUGAGGUUCAGCCUGUCAGUGCUCAGAAUAGCAAUGGAGGUGGGCUAGCCUUAACUCCACGCAGGCCUCAUCCAGUGAAGCCCAUGAGUUCAGCUGAUACCCAGCAUCCAAUCAGCACCCCUGCUGUGAAAGAGAUAAAGGCCCAUGAUGGCAUUCCAGCAAAGAUUAAGGUGGCAGACUCAAUGGAAAGUGGGCCUUACACUCAGCUGACACAGGAAGAGUUGAUCACGCUGGUGGUGAAGCAGCAAACUGACCUGUCCAGGAAGGACGCUAAGAUCGUUGAGCUCGAAGAGUACAUAGACAACCUGCUGGUCCGUGUUAUCGAAGAGCAGCCCACUAUCCUUCAAGCCCUCAACUUUUCCAAGCCAGUGUAAGGUAAAGAGUGCAAAAGGAGGAGUCCUGCUGGAGGUCCCAGUUAUGUUUUUGUGUGUAUAUUUGUACUGUUGUCACUGUGUAAGACUAAGAGCAUAUGCACUUUUUUAGUUUCAAUAUGGAGUCUGUGUCAAAUGUGUUUGAGAAUGCUGGAAAUUGUCUCUAAGUGAUAUUUGGUGACUCCUUAAUAGCAAGCAAGUCAAAAUCUUUAUAUAUGCAAAUGAAUGUAUUUGUUUUGACACUACGGUACUCACAUUUGCUUUAAACAAACUUGUUACAUGUUCAACAGCUUGAUUUAUAUACCAUACUUGAUGAAAGUUAGGUUGCGCUUUAUUUGAUAUACUAAUUAUGUAGACACAAACUGUUGGUUUUUUUUUUUUUUUUUUUUUUUACUAUGAUCUGGCCUUUUUUACUCUACACUGGGCUUUCUGUAACUUAUUUAUGUGUAAAGAUCAAUCAUCUAUAUGCUAUUAUACAAUCAUUCAUGCACCAUCCUGAGGUAAGAAUGUAAUAAUUCUCUCAAAAGGUAGUUUGUAAAAGUAUAUUUGCAAUAAAUUGUUAGUCAUUGCUGCAGGUCGUAACUAUAAUCAUUCACCACUGAAGUCUUAUUUCUUUAUUUGAUCCUUUUGGCAAGCAUGUAUUUUUUCAAUGAGUCAGUUAACAACAUUCCUCCCUUUGUUUUUUGUUUUUUACCCACCACAGUCGAAUGUCAGCUUGUCUUCCAGUCCUUAAACUAUAUUGUGCCUAUUUUUGCUUCAAUGAGGUAUUAUUUAGAAAACCAGCAACGAAUGACAGCAAGCAGCUACUAUUUACUGUACACAUUUUUAAUCACAUAGUUAUUAUGGUAGGUAGUUCAUUUGUUUGGUUAUUUAGCCUGUGCACAAAGUUGUUUGAACUAUUAUGCAAGUACAGAAUCAAACUCUUAUAACAAUAAUAAUAAUAAUGAGAAGAAGAAGAAGGAUGAUUUUGAUCACUGUUGUUUUUGUGCAUUAUUUAUAAUGAUGAUAAUCAAAUGAUAAUCAUAAUAAUCCAAACCAAUCAUCACAGGAACAGUAAUAGUGUCUGUCAAUUCCAGCCGGCCUCAUCUUUGUAAUCGAACUACACUAAUGAAUGAACACUGCAUCUAUGCCUUCAUGUGAUAUUAUUUGAUGUCACGGCAGAAACUAUAGCAAUAUUAAUCUUAUGAAUGUACAGAUCUGUGCCUUCAAAACCCUUUUACACGCCUUUAAUGUCUUGAUUUGCUGGAUGAAUAGUUGUUCUGGUUGAGUGCUCAAAGAAUGUGCAGAACGUACAGCCUGAUGCAUUGAGUGUUUGUUGGACAUAAAAAUAAUUAUACAGCCAGUGUAAAAGAUUUGAAAGGAAUGAUGCGAAAAAUAUUGUUUUAUUUGAAAUAAAGACA